UUACAGAGCAGACGCUUGCACGUUGCGUCGCUCUUCACAAAUAUUCAUUGCCAUUCAGGCUUAUGUAGAGGUAUCCUAUAAAACUAUAUAGAUGUGUACUAUAUCGUCUAUAAUCUGUGGAUCAGUUAACUUAUUGUUAUAAGGUUAAAAAAGUUUCAAUGGCUCAAAACACUUCAAGAGAUGCUCAGAUUGUUCAAAAUCGCAAAAUUCUUCUUGGAGAAAUUCAUAUGCAAAAACAAUUGCUAUUAAAACAAGGUGUAGCUCAAAGUUUAAGUCCGGCAUUAUCUGUAAAUCCUCUACCUUCGACAUCAUCAUUAGAUACAAACGCUUCACAAAGACAAGCUUUAUUAAAUGCUCAAGCUAAUUCUGCUGGUUACUUUAUAAGUCAAGAAUCUGCAUUUGGAAAUCUGAUUUUACCAGUGUUGCCAAGAUUUGAUCUUCCUUCAACAAAGUAGAUUAAACGAAAAAUC